AUGUCGUCCUUUCUACCGAUGUAUUUUCUUCGUCCCUUUCUUGUCGCGUUUGUGAUCUUCGGGUCAAUACGAGUUGGACUCGUGAAUUCCCACGAGGAGUCCGGUGAGUGGCACUGCGAUCAGGACUCGGAGAGCCGUGUCGUAGCCGAGUUCAAGCCCGGACUCGUUACCCUCGAUGGCCACGCCGAUGAUUGGAAAGACGUCGAAGGGUUUGAGUUCUCUCUCCUCGAAGCUCUCGACCCAGAUCGGGAACAUGAAUACAAAGGUGGAAAAAUGACCAUUAAGGCUUUGCAUGAUGGCAAAGAUGUGUACUUCAUGCUGCAAGUGGAUGGGAACUAUGUUUACUCAAAAGG